GCUUUGGUCGCUCCCCUUGCCCACCUCCGCGGCGUGGAUGGAGACCAAAAGAGAAAGGCGGCUGAGCCACCUUUGCUGCAUCUUUUAUCAGCUGUGCUUCCUGUCAGAUCGGAUCACUUCAGGUCUGCAACCUCUGGGAGAUUUUGAAGAGUGGGAGAUUGUUUACCCAGCCCUGUGGAGUAGAAGCCAGCAGGAAUCCACUGGAGGGAAUGGUGCAGGAGGCAGCUGCAGUCUUGAUGGUAACUGUGGGAACAGCAGCAGCAAUGUUAAUGCUACCUCUGCAUCCACUCAGGGAGUGGGCAGUUCUCGUGAGAUCCGCUCAGUUUCCUCCUCAUCUGACCACCAGCACCAGCAGCUGCCAGUUUGGAAAACUUCAGAGGAUGAAUAUGAAUCUCAGGAUUUCUAUCACUGGUCUCCACUUCCUCAGGGAUCUAAUGGUACUUCUCAGCAACCAUCUCAUCCAUCUGUAUCUCCUCCAGAAGAUGAAGAUGAAAUGUUGCUGAGAAUACCAGCUUUCGCUCAGGAGCUCUAUUUGCUGCUUAAGAGGGACAGUCGCUUCUUAGCACCAGGUUUUGCAGUGGAGGAACGACUAUUGAAUGAAAAAGGUACCCCAAAUUUGAUCCACACACAAACAGAGAGAUCCUGUUACUAUAGUGGGUCUGUGCUGCAUUAUCCUGGAUCCUUUGCUUCCUUUAGCACUUGUGGUGGUUUGAUUGGUUUUUUGCAGAUGAAUGACAACUUCUUAUUUAUUGAGCCGUUCAAUCAUAGCUUGGCUGUGAUAGGUCAAGCACAUCGUAUAUGCAGGCGUAAAAGAUCCAUACAUGAAAAACCCUCUGAAAAAUCCAUCUCUCAUAGUCAAUACUGUGGUGUUUUUUCUGAGAAAAGAAGAGUCAGGGGUCAAAAAGGCACAGAAAAUGGGCGAGGAAAGAGAUAUUCCUAUAAAUUACCUCAGGAAUAUAAUGUGGAGACUGUAGUGAUUGCAGAUCCAGCAAUGGUUUCCUAUCAUGGAGCAGAUGCUGCUAGGAGAUUUAUUUUAACUAUUCUAAAUAUGGUAUUUAAUCUUUUCCAGCACAAGAGCCUUGGAGUUCAAAUGAACCUUCGGGUGACGAAGCUUGUUCUGCUUCAUGAGACUCCAGCAGAGAUGUAUAUUGGACAUCAUGGUGAAAAAAUGCUGGCGAGUUUUUGCAAAUGGCAACAUGAAGAAUUUGGUAAAAAAAAUGACAUACAUUUAGAAAUGUCAACAAGCUGGAAUGAAAAUGUAUCACCAGUGGAUGCAGCUGUAUUAAUCACCAGGAAGGAUUUCUGUGUGCAUAAAGAUGAGCCUUGUGAUACUGUGGGAAUAGCAUAUUUGAAUGGCAUGUGUAGUGAAAAACGAAAAUGUAUAAUUGCAGAGGACAACGGUCUGAAUCUUGCAUUUACUAUUGCUCAUGAAAUGGGUCACAACAUGGGAAUAAAUCAUGACAAUGACCACCCAUCUUGUGCAGAUGGUCUCCACAUCAUGUCUGGAGAAUGGAUCAAAGGGCAAAACCUUGGGGAUGUUUCAUGGUCCCGCUGUAGCAGAGAUGAUCUAGAAAGAUUUCUCAGGUCAAAGGCCAGUAACUGCUUGCUUCAUACAAAUCCCCAGAGCCUCAAUUCUGUGAUUAUUCCUUCAAAACUCCCUGGGAUAACAUACACUGCAGAUGAACAAUGUCAGAUUCUUUUUGGACCAACUGCCUCUUUCUGCCAAGAAAUGCAGCAUGUUAUUUGCGCUGGGUUAUGGUGUAAAGUUGAAGGUGAGAAAGAAUGUAAAACUAAGUUGGAUCCACCGAUGGAUGGAACAGAUUGCGACACUGGAAAGUGGUGUAAAGUUGGAGAAUGUAUCAGUAAAACAUCUUUCGCUGAACACAUGGAAGCAGAAUGGAGUACCUGGAGCUCUUGUAGCAGAACUUGUAGCACUGGAAUUAGCAGUCGACAACGUAAAUGUGUUAGUCCAGGUCAUGAAGAAGCAGAAUGCCAGGGAUCAAGAAUACAAUAUAAAAUAUGUAAGAAUCCCUCUUGUAGUCCUGGACUGCCUGCGUUCAGGGAUUGGCAAUGUCAAGUCUUCAGCGUCAGGCUAGCGUAUCAGAAACAUGUACACCAAUGGCAGGCUAUUAUAGAUAAAGAAAAACCAUGUGCAUUAUUUUGUUCUCCAAAUGGAAAAGAACAGCCAAUAUUGGUAACAGAGAAAGUGAUGGAUGGAACUUCUUGUGGCCCUCAGGAUGUAGAUAUAUGUGCAAAUGGAAGAUGUCAGAAAUUUGGUUGUGAUGGCAUAUUGGGUUCUUUGGCAUGGGAAGAUCACUGUGGUGUCUGCAAUGGAAAUGGAAAAUCAUGUAGAGUUGUUAAAGGAGAUUUUAAUCAUACUCGAGGAGCAGGUUAUGUGGAAGCCUUAGUGAUACCUGCAGGAGCAAGAAGAAUCAAAGUUGUUGAAGAGAAGCCAGCUCAUAGCUAUUUGGCACUUCGAGAUGCCAGCAAACAGUCUAUUAAUAGUGAUUGGAAGAUAGAACAUUCUGGAACAUUCAACAUUGCUGGUACCACUGUCCAUUAUGUUAGGAGAGGUCUGUGGGAAAAAAUUUCUGCCAAAGGUCCAACUACAUCACCUUUACAUUUAUUGGUCCUGCUUUUUCAAGAUCAGAAUUAUGGGCUACAUUAUGAAUAUACUAUUCCUUUAGAUCCAGUUACCGAGAAUCAGAGCACAAAAGUAUCAGAACCUCUAUUUAUGUGGACCCACUCAGGUUGGAAAGACUGUAAUGCUGUAUGUGGAGGAGGUGAAAGAAAGACAACAGUAUCUUGCACAAAAAUUAUGAAUAAGCACAUUAGUUUUGUGGAUAACAAGAAAUGCAAGCAUUUAACAAAACCUGAACCACAAAUUCGAAAGUGCAAUGAGCAGCCAUGCCAUACGAGGUGGAUGAUGACUGAGUGGACUUCAUGCUCAAGGACAUGUGGGAAAGGGACGCAGAAUAGGCAGGUCGCCUGUACUCAGCAACUGAGAAAUGGAACCCUGAUCAGAGCCCGAGAGAGAGACUGUCUUGGCCCUAAGCCCACUUCAACACAGCGCUGUGAAGGCCAGGACUGCAUGACGGUGUGGGAAGCUGGCGUGUGGUCAGAGUGCUCUAUAAAAUGUGGCAAAGGCAUACGGCAUCGGACCGUAAGGUGCACCAACCCUCGGAAGAAAUGUGUUUUGUCCACAAGACCCAGAGAAUCAGAAGAUUGUGAAGAUUAUUCCAAGUGUUACAUCUGGAGAAUGGGAGAUUGGUCAAAGUGUUCUAUCACCUGUGGAAAAGGAAUGCAAUCACGAGUCAUCCAGUGCAUGCACAAGAUCACAGGGAGGCAUGGCAGUGAAUGUUUCUCCUCUGAAAAGCCUGCAGCCUACAGACCUUGCCACCUGCAGCCCUGCAAUGAAAAAAUUAAUGUGAACACAAUUACAUCACCUAGAUUGGCUGCCCUAACGUUCAAGUGUCUUGGAGACCAAUGGACUGUAUAUUGCAGAGUGAUACGAGAGAAGAACCUGUGUCAGGACAUGAGAUGGUAUCAACGUUGCUGUGAAACAUGCAGGGACUUUUAUGCACAGAAGAUGCAGCAGAGGAGUUGACCCGUAGCAGGCAGGCUCGUGGGCUCUCGGCUUUUCACAAUCACAUUAUUUAUAAAUUCACACACACUUCUUCAAGCCAAAUAUAUCAGAUUACAUAUAAUUUAAUCAAAGUAAUUUAUUUUUGCCCGCGAAGACAUUUUUU